AUGAACUCAAACGACUUUACUGAGAACGAAUCCGUUCUGGGCUCGGGCGAGAUACGGUCAACCCCAACGACCCAGUGCAAGCUUUGGGCUAUGCACAACUGCGAUGCACAGAUUUACUCAACAGUAUCAUAUUGGGACCCGCCUUCUGUCUCAUUCCAGCAAAUUCCUAGUGAGGCGAUAUCACGUCCCGGAUCUAUGGACCAAGACCUUUACCCUCCGACGACGACGAACGACUCGUCAUGGAUGGAAAGUCCAGUUGAAGUGCAAUUCAACCUUCAGGGCGAGGGCUUCAAUAUGGCUACUAAUGAAGCCAUUCCCAUGCUUGACCUCAAGCAAGGCACGCUCAUCUAUGAAGACCAGAUGGCUAUAGAUGAUGGUUCAAAGCUGUAUUGCACGUCUGGUUCUUCCUCUUUCACUCCCACCUCUAGCCCUUACUACGAUGGCUCCUCUCCAGCGGCCUCUGGGGCAUGCUACUUCAGCCCUAGCUACUCACCCUCAGAUAACCGUACUGCCAUGAUGUUUUCCGCUGAGAGUUCGAGUGUUGCCUCGGGACCAAUGACGCUUCUGCCGAGAACAGACCUUUUAAUGAGUCAGAGUCGCAACAACUGCGCCUCUCCUUCUCGAAAUCACAAUCAUCGAUAUGCUCCUUACAGGUUAGAGGGCUCAAGACUCGAACAAUGCUCUCAAGUCACUUCCAACACCUCAGCAAGCCGCAAGCCUGUCCAGCAUGGCCACCAAGCUCGCCCAGAUGACAACAACAGCCACCAGAAUUUUAACUCCGAUCAUUCUUUCCCCGCUAAUGGUGCCACUCCUCUGUCCUCCAACUACGUCAACCUGCAGGCCAUGCAGGAAGCACCCCUAAUUCUUUCCAGCAUUCCCGUCUAUCAUAGAGGCAACAUGUUAAUUCCGACCCAGCUUUCAUCCCUAACGGCCCAGCAGCACCCUUGGCAAACCGAUGUAAACAAUUUUGCCCCGCCCCAGCCGCUUCUGUCUCACGGCCUCUCCAGAAUACUCCAGAGCAAUGGAGACACCGCUUGUCUCAGCGGACACUACAUCGACCUUUCUGACCCUCCUGAGCUGUACGCUGCACUCCGUGAGGAGCAGAUUCCUCCACCCCCUGAAGACAUGAACCCCGAGGAUCCCGACAUGAUUCCCUGCGAGCAGGAAUUGAGUUUUGAAGGCGAUCUUUACACCCCUAGAUGGGUUCGAGGUCAUGGCAACAAGCGAGAGGGUUGGUGUGGAAUCUGCAAGCCUGGGCGAUGGCUUGUGCUGAAGAGCUCGGCUUUCUGGUAUGACAAGUCGUUCUCUCAUGGUAUCAGUGCCGCCACCGGAAGCUCAUUCCAGGAACCUCAGCAGAAGCGGCGUAUGGAUGGAAACCCUGAUGUUUGGGAAGGACUUUGUGGUAGCUGUGAACAGUGGGUCGCACUUGUUAGCAGCAAGAAGAAGGGAACCACCUGGUUUAGACACGCUUAUAAGUGUCACACGCACCUUAAGGUGAAAGGCACAUCUAAACGUCGCCGUGAAGGGGGAAGCACCAGGGGUUUUGACCAAGCCCCAAGGCUGAACACAACAUCAAUGACCUAUGGCAAUGAUUGGAAGAUGGACCGAAUCAAGCCAGCGUUGCCCGAGAACGCGACUGGUUUCCCCCCGUGUCCCAGUUCCUAG